UGAAUAAUAAAAGAAUUGAAAAGAUUAAUACUUUUCAGUAUAUAUAUAUAUUUGAAUUUAAUUUUAUAAAAUCAUUAUCAGGUAACGACGUCAUAUGAUAUGAUGGGACGCUUCUAUUAAUUUGGUAAGAAAAGAGUCUACAUAAAGGAAGUUUGCAGCAAAGAUUUGGGACUCUUUCUCCAACGCUACCUACACAGAUUUAAUUAAUUAAUUAACUAAUUAAUAGGAUUCAGAGCUUUAUGUUUUGUGAGUGACAAUCCUCUUCUCCUUCAACUACUGAUCUCAACGAAGAAGGUGAGUGUAAUACAUACAAUGGGAGGCUGUGCUUCAAGACCAAAAGGGUGUAUUGGAUUAUCAUCAAAGAAGAAAAAGAAUGGUACUAAUAAGCCAAGAAUUAGGAGGAGAAGAAUAAUCAAGAGACGUGUUUCUUCUCAUAACUUUGGAAGACCUGAUCUUUCUGGCCAAACAGAUCGUUCUUUCAGCAACCCUGCUUUUCAAGGAAGUAUUGAUGCAGCUGCUUGGUCUGAUGCUAUUUCAGUUCUUGAAUCUGAAAUUGAUGAUGAGUUCUAUAGUGUUCAUGAAGAUGGGUUUUCAGUUAUUGGGACAGAGAGUGUAUUGAGCAUUUCAUCUCCUAGAGAUUUUAAUCAAAAGGACUAUUACGAAAACAACACCCGAAAUGAGGUUGUGAAAGCUCAAGUUUCUGGGAACGGUGGAGGAGAUGUGAAUGUAAUGCAAAUGCAGCAGCAGGUGGAGGAGAAUAACUGUGGGCUUCUGCCAAAUAUUUGCUUGCCUUGUCUUGCUUCAACUGUACCUUCUAUUGAGAAAAAAAGAUCAUUAAGCCCAUCGGGCACACCUUCUUCCAGGAGAAAACCUUCUCUUAGACUUUCCUUUAAAUGGAGAGAAGGGCAUUCUACUCCAACCUUCUUUUCACCCAAGGCACUUUUGCAAAGACCCAUUGCUGGUUCCUCACUCCCAUGCUGUCCUUUAGAGAAGAAGAUGCCUGAUUGUUGGUCACCUAUUGAGCCAAGUACUUUCAAAGUACGAGGACAGAACUAUUUUAGGGAUAAGAAGAAAGAUCGUGCUCCAAACUGUGCUGCAUUUUAUCCAUUUGGUGCUGACCUCUUUCUAUCUCCAAGGAAAAUCCAUCACAUUGCUCGAUAUGUGGAACUUCCUACUGUCAGUGCAACCGAUGAAGUCCCUUCUGUUCUUGUCGUAAAUCUUCAGAUACCUCUGUAUCCUGCAACAAUUUUCCAAAGUGAAAAUGAUGGAGAAGGAAUGAGUUUGGUUAUGUAUUUUAAAUUGUCUGAAAAUUACUCAAAAGAGCUUCCUUCUCAUUUCCGAGAUAAUAUCAAUAGGUUAAUUAAUGAUGAAGUGGAGAGAGUUAGAGGUUUCCCGGUUGAUACAAUUGCGCCAUUUAGAGAAAGAUUAAAAAUCUUGGGUCGACUGGCAAAUGCAGAUGAACUUCAAUUAGGCUCCGCUGAAAAGAAGCUACUGAAUGCAUACAACGAAAAACCUGUUUUAUCACGUCCUCAACAUGAAUUUUAUUUGGGAGAAAGCUACUUUGAGAUUGAUUUGGAUAUGCACAAAUUUAGCUACAUUUCUAGAAAAGGUUUUGAAGCAUUCCAAGAUAGACUGAAGCUUUGUGUCUUGGAUUUUGGCCUGACAAUUCAGGGACACAAGGCAGAGGACUUGCCAGAGCAUAUGUUAUGUUGCAUGCGACUUAAUGAGCUUGAUUAUGCUAAACACCAGCAAUUAGGGUGUUGAAAAAAGAUUAAUACUUUUAAACGUUUUCCAAUCGACAAAAACCUAAUUGGGACUCGAAUUCUUUUGUUUACUCCUACUCUAUAACCUACUUUCUGGUGUGUUUUCCAGUUCAAAGUAGACAUUUCCGGCCUCCAUUUUUGUAUUCGAGUGGCUUCAUUUAAUUGUACAGAUUCUAACUUCAAUUUGUAGCUGCAUUGAUAUGGAAAAUGAAAUACAAGGAAAUAUGCGAUAACCAGCUUCAAUUUGUGUCA